GCCAUGUCGCUGCCGGCCGAGGGGGAGCCGCGGCUCCUCCGCUCGCUGCGCGCCGCCGCCGCCGCCGCCGCGCACGCCGCGUCCCUGGGGCUGCCGGCGGGGGUGGCCGCGCUGGCCCGGCCGGGCUCCAGCCUCUUCUCGUGGCACCCGGUGCUGAUGGCGCUGGCGUUCUCGCUGCUGCUGACCCAGGCGCUGCUCGUCUUCUCGCCCGAGGCCUCGCCGCUGCGCGCCCUGUCCCGCAAGGCCAAGGUGCGGGCGCACUGGGCCCUGCAGGUGCUGGCGCUGCUCUGCGCCCUGCUGGGGCUGGCGCUGGUGGCCUACAACAAGCACCUGCAGGGCAAGGGGCACUUCCACACCUGGCACGGCCGCGCCGGGCUGCUGGCCGUGCUCUACGCCGGCGGGCAGAGCCUGGGCGGGCUGCUGCUGCUCUACCCGAAGCUGGCCAGGGGCUGGCCGCCGGGCAAGCUGCGGCUGUACCACGCCACGGCGGGGCUGGUGGGCUACCUGCUGGGCUGCGCCAGCCUGGUGCUGGGCAUGUGCUCGCUCUGGUUCACCGCCGCCGUCAGCGGCGCCGCCUGGUACCUCGCCGUGCUCUGCCCGCUCCUCAGCAGCCUGGUGGUGAUGAACCAGGUGAGCAACGCCUACCUGUACCGCAAGCGGAGCCAGCACUGAGCGCCCGCACGACGUCCCGCCGCCGGGGGAAGCUCCGCGGAGCCGGGCUCCCGCCCGCUCGCCUCUCUCGUGAGUCCCGGAGCGCCUGCAGCGGCGGCCCCGCGGGCUGCGCGCCGGCUGGGACGCGCCCCAGCGCCGGGGAUGCCGCCGGUCCCCGGCACUGGGAAGGGGAGGGUGGGGGAUCCCUGCCCCUUCCCCCUCCCUUCCCACCCGCGCGCAAAUUCCCGUGCCGCCGGGUUAAUGGUGGCGAGGUUUCAGCCUGGCGGGGGCCAGGGGGUGUUUUGCAGCCUGCCGGGGGCCGGUUCGUCCUCCGAGGGGUGCACGGAACAGCGCGAGCGCAGGAGGAACCUCGGCGGGCAGCCGCACGGGCUCCUGUCCUCCGCGCGGCCCCGGCCGGGAGCUGGCGGCAGGGCCCGGGGACGGUUCCUGGAGCAGAGCGACCCUCGGGAAGGCUGGAAGCCACCGCAGCACCUCUCCUCCCGCCACAGCCUGCCGCCUUCCCGGCCCCAGCGUCGCGGGGCUCCGCGGGCCGCGCCGGGACGGCCCCGGGGCUGCUCCCCAUCGUGCUCCUGGCAGGGCCGGAGAGCCGGGAACAGCGCCCGAGCUGGGAAACUCGUCUGUAUCCAGAGCUUUUAUUCAAUAAAGUUUUCAGGCAGCUA